UACAAAAGCUUCAACAAAACCCUAAGCAGCAUUUCCAGGGCAAAAGCAAAGAAAAAGCAAAAUCCAAAAGCAACGUGAAAUCCUGAAAAUGUCCGGCUCGCUGGACAUGUCACUCGACGAAAUCAUCCGUAACAAAAGAAGACCCGAAGGGCAUUAUCGUAACAAGCCACGUAUCUCCGGUCCGGGACCUGAUCGUCGUGGACCCAUUCGCGACCAGAUAAGAACCACCCCGUAUCCGGUUCCACCGGCUAUGCCGAUGCAAGUAGAGGUGCCGCCAAGCCAGGGACAGUUGGUUCCGAGUGGAGGACCAAAUGUGGAGUCGAAGCUAUAUAUAUCGAACUUGGAUUAUGGUGUUUCUAAUGAGGAUAUUAAGGUGCUUUUCUCUGAGGUUGGCGACUUGAAGAGGUACUCGAUUAAUUACGAUAUGAACGGAAGAUCAAAGGGAACUGCAGAAGUUGUCUUUUUCAGACAGACAGAUGCUUUGGCAGCUAUCAAGAGAUACAACAAUCUUCAACUUGAUGGAAAGCCGAUGACAAUUGAGCUCGUGGGAGCUAAUGUAGUUAUUUCUGCACCCAUCCCUCCAACCAGAAGCAGCAUUCUGAGAACACCAAAUGUGGCCCCUAGAAGGGUUGAAAGGGGAUGGAUUCGUGGCGUUGUCAAUGGACCUUACCUUGGAGGUGCCAGCCAUGGAUUCACUCGAGGACGUGGGCAUGGUGGACCUAUUGGUAAGAAAUUAUCUGCAGAAGAUCUUGAUGCUGAUUUGGAUGAGUACCAUUUAGAAGCUAGAAGAAUGAAAUGAGGCCCUCCCCUGCUGUUUUGCUUGGUCAAAUACUCUAGCUCUUUAGUAAAAAAAAAGAAAAGAAAAGAGUUGCGUCUCUGACAUAUUGAGAACGUUAAAACUUCAAAGUGCUGAAUUGCUGUAUAUUCUCCCACGUUGUCUUUUGUUGGAUUUAACCGUUUCAAUACAAAGUCCAAGUAAGAUGA